AUUUUAAUUUUCCCACCACAUACUGAAUAAUAAAAAGGAAGCAACGUGGCAAGAUAUGAUUGCGUCAUCUAAGACCGAAGAAGGAAAAAAAAGGCUUGCAUGCAGUGCAUAGCCAAUGCCAGCAUCUUCCCACUCAGCUACGUAGCUACUCGGAAGUUCCCCUUCUUCACUCCACCACACUUCAAUGGUUUUUCUCUAUAUAACCACCCUCACGCUCUUUCACCAGCAACCCAUUUCUGCUCUUCUCUGCUCUUCUACUUAAAUGGAACAAAGAUCCACCGAUGCCCAUCACGCUGCUCCUCCACGGUAUCGCGGCAUUCGCCAGCGAAAAUGGGGGAAAUGGGUGUCUGAAAUCCGGGAGCCUGGUACGAAAAAGCGCAUUUGGCUUGGGAGUUAUGAAUUGCCGGAGAUGGCCGCUGCUGCAUAUGAUGUUGCUGCAUUGCACUUCAGGGGACCUGGAGUUCACCUCAACUUCCCUGAACUUGCUGAUAGUUUUCCUAGGCCUAAGAGUUCUACAGCAGAGGAUGUGCAAAUGGCGGCUCAAGAGGCUGCUUUACGGUUUAGGAAUAGAAGACCGAUGAUGAAACGUUCAGAAGCAGUGGAUGGCUCUGGUGGUGGCGGUGGCGGCGGCGGCAGCUGUAGCGGCGGGGGUUUGGGUCCUGUAAGAAUUGGGCUUUCGCCGAGUCAGAUUCAAGCUAUUAACGAAACUCCUUUGGACUCCCCCAAGAUGUGGAUGGAGUUGGCUGGAGCUCUACUGCUUGGAGAGCCCAUGGUUUCUGCAGAUGAUGACAUUUAUCAAUUUAGCGAGUUUGAGGAAAUUCAAGAUGCCUCCAUUUGGGAUUGCUAAAUUUAAUUAACGUAUAUAAUUAAAUUCAAUCAAUUUUUAACAAUUUAUUGGAAGAUAUUAUAACAAUUGCGAAUUUCUUUCUGUUUUUUUUGAAGGAAAACUAUUUCUAAUGUAAACCUUAUAAUUUUUAUGUUGAA